UUUCCAAAACAACAAGCUUUGAUUCUCAAAAGCAAUAGUGAGAGAUGGCAAGAAAGUUGCUGAAGGUUCCAUCCCUUAAGAGAAUGAUCUCUUCACCAAGAACAGAUAAGCUCCCUGAUUUCAAUGACUGCAGUACAUCAUAUGUUGCAGAGAAAGGUCAUUUCAAUGUGUACACUUCAGAGGGGAAGCGUUUCAUGGUUCCAUUGGCAUACCUUGACAAUAAUAUUUUCAAGGAGCUCUUGAGGAUAUCUGAAGAAGAAUUUGGUUUGCCAGGUGAUGGUCCCAUCACACUGCCCUGUGAUGCGGCAUCCAUGGAAUAUGUGCUGUCUUUGCUUAGAAGAGGAGUGUCUAAGGAGAUGGAGAUGCAGUUGCUUAGCUCCAUCUUCAUCUCUUGCCAGUCAGCAUGUUCUAUGCUUCCUGUUGAGCAACCACAUCAAGUAGCAGUUUACAGCUUUUUUUGA